CAUUUGUGUGCAUCUCUUGUCGUCCAAAAGGAGAGAGAAGUUAAAAAGAGAGAAGCCAUGCCCAUGCUGAAUGCGAAAGCGCAGUCCUAUCAACCGGUGAGUGUAAGAGUGAGAGAGGCCGUGCUGAACGAGCAUGCGCCACGUUUUGAACCGGUGAAUAGAAGCGGGAGAGAAGUCAUGCCUAGUGAACAUUCGGCGCCGCUUCAACCGGUAAACAGUGAUGAGCAUUCGUUGUUCCUCACAUUCUCAAAUGGAUUUCCCCUGACGGAGAUGCAAAUCUUCGAUUUUUUUAACUGGCGUUACGGACCCGAGGUGGAGGGAGUGAUUAUUCCCAGGCCAAGGGGAGGAAGGGGGCCGCCCUUGCAUGGGCGAGUAGUGUUCAAGAAUCCUCUCAUACCCCGCAUGGUUAUGAGAGACCGUGAAAAGGUUUGCUUUUCUAUCGAUGGGCGCCCUGUUUACGCCAAAAGGUUCUUCAGCAAGAAGGUGCAUACCGGAGCCUCUGGGAGUACUAGCCACCGUGAUGGUGGAAGCCACCCCGAUGGUGGAAGCCACCCCGAUGGCGAUGAGUGAUCUGGGCUUGGAACCUGGUGAACGGUGAAUUUAAAGACCCUUUUGUCGCAUCUAUCAUAGGGUUUUUAAUUGAACCGAGUAUGUUCCUGGGAUAAACUCUUUUUAUGUUUCAGCUUAAUAAUGAAAGAGUGAACGUUCGAUUGUGUGAGAACGGAUGUUGUAAACUCUUAUCUCUGUUCAGAGAUAUCUUUAAAUUAUUGAUAAACUAUGUUGGAUAUUUGUUUUUUUUUUUAUCUUUCUUUAGGUAAUUUGGUUGAGUUGUAUUUGUGCAUGCAUCGUUUAAAUCUUGACUUUGACAAAUUCACUGGCUUAAUACUAAUGGGAGAUUAGGAAUGCCGUCGUUAAACACAAUAUAUUGUAUAUGUAAUGUGUGUUGUAUGUAAAAUAUUAUAUAUUGUAUAUUCUUUUGUGAGCGGACGAUAAUAGUUUACGAAUAUUAGCUAGGUGUAGAGAAGAAGCUGUGAAAGGCCAGUGUAGAGAAGAAGCUGUGAAAAGCCUACGCAGAGAAAAUGUUUUUUUUGCCAAAAAUCUUAAUUAUUAGUAAGUUUUAUUUUGGACUUUCGAUGUAUAUAAUUUGUUUGACAUACCUUGCCAUGUAUGUGUAUCUAAUACUAUAAUUAAAACAUUGCAAAUGGAAACCUAUUAACCAAUAAAUCUCACAAUAUUGAAAAUAUGUAGGAAAAAACUAUGUAAUAUAUUGAUUAUUUUCAUUAGCUUUAUUUUACUCACAGCAUUUUAAUUGCCUACAUGAUUUUAUUAGUAAAUGCAUACAAUUUUCUCAUACUUUUUUCAUUGCAAAAAAAAAACACGAAUAAAAUACUGAUGAAUAGAAACGUUAAUGGAAUAUGUACGAGAUACAUCUCAUAACAAAUGUUUUAGUUUUUAUAAAAAUGGAACAUAAAUUAAAUUAGCUUGGCCAAAUUUGCAGAAAAAAGCAUUUCGAUUGGAAGCCCUAAACCAUUGCUUCUAUAUAUGAUCCUUAAAAAACCACUGUAUAUAGGCUGUAUUUUUUUUAUACCUACGUUUUUUAGAAAAAGAUGGGGUAUGUUUUGAAGCGUUUUUUAAACCUAUUUUUUAGGUCUUUAUUAACAAUAACUGAGGCCAUUAUAAUAUUUGCCUAUUGGGCUUUAUGUGUAGCCUUUCUUUAUGUGUGUAGCCUUCGAUUCCAUUUGGAUCGAAGCUAGCAUAGGAUAUCUUCUUUCCAAUCAUAGGUAUAUAUAAUCGGAUCCUAUACAUCGAUACCGUUACAGUGUUACUUUUUAUACGGUUUGGAAAAUCGUGAACUAUACGGUCAUUUACGGGUUAUUGGAUUAUUCUGGGAGAAGAAGUUUAUCAUGACUCGAAUCUACAACACAAAUCUCUCAGAAUGUGACAAAAUGCUGUAGUAUUUCUAAUAAUUUAUCCUUUAUACCUGUCGUAUUGCUGAAGGACACGACAUUGAUUAUUUAUAAUUUUGAUUUCAUUUGACUGUAUACAAGUAUUAAUUUUCCCGGUGUAAAGAACAACAAAACUUACAAUCGCGUGCAUACAAACAAAAAUUAAAAUGAAUAUAUGAUAACAAAAGUAAGAAGGA